AUGGGAGGCGUCCGUGAAAAGAAAGCUGAAUACUUUGCUAAGUUAAGAGAAUUGUUAGAAGAAUACAAAUCUGUCUUCGUUGUUGGUGUUGACAAUGUUUCUUCCCAACAAAUGCAUGAAGUUAGAAAGAAUUUGAGAGGUAAGGGUGUCGUUUUGAUGGGUAAGAACACCAUGGUUAGACGUGCCAUCAGAGGUUUCUUGAGUGAAUUACCAGAUUAUGAAAAAUUGUUGCCUUUUAUCAAGGGUAAUGUUGGUUUUAUUUUCACCAAUGAAUCUUUGAAAGAUAUCAAGGAUGUUAUCAUUUCCAACAAGGUUGCUGCUCCAGCUAGAGCCGGUGCCAUUGCUCCAGAGGAUAUCUGGGUUCUUGCUGUUAACACUGGUAUGGAACCAGGUAAGACUUCCUUUUUCCAAGCCUUGGGUGUUCCAACCAAGAUUGCCAGAGGUACAAUUGAAAUUGUUUCUGAUGUCAAGGUUGUUGAAGCCGGUAAAAAGGUUGGUGCUUCUGAAGCCUCUUUGUUGAAUUUGUUGAACAUUUCUCCAUUUACUUAUGGUUUAACUGUUGUUCAAGUUUACGAUAAUGGUCAAGUUUUCCCACCUUCCAUUUUGGAUAUCACCGAUGAAGAAUUGGUUUCCCAUUUUGUUUCUGCUGUUAGCACCAUUACCACCAUUUCCUUGGCUUCUGGUUAUCCAACUUUGCCAGCUGUUCCACACUAUAUCAUCAACAACUACAAAGAUUUAUUGGCCGUUGCAGUUGCAACCAAAUAUGUCUUCCCAGAAGUUGAAGAUUUGUUUGACAGAUUGGAAAACCCAGAAAAAUAUGCCGGUGCUGCUCCAGCUGCUGCUGCCGCUGCUGAAACCGAGGCUGCCGAUGAAGAAGCUCCAGCUGAAGAAGCAGAAGAAUCUGAUGACGACAUGGGUUUCGGUUUGUUUGAUUAA